AUGUGCUUCAUAUUCACAUGCGGAGAGACUGAAUUCUCUAAACAACUUCAGGGCUAUGAAGGCGUCGUGUGCCAAUGCCACAACUGUGGCAACUACUCAGCGCGUGUGAUCAAGCGUAACCCCUGGUUUACCUUCUGCUUCAUCCCCGUUAUCCCGCUCAGUAUCAAGGGCUACGAAGAUGUCGUUUGCUCUAUCUGCAAUUACGCGCAGCCGCUCCAAAACCGACAGGAUGUUGUUGCUCAGAUGAAUGGCGGAGGCGGAGGCGGAGGCGGAGGGGGGAUGCCUUUGCAGAACCAAUAUCCUCCUGGGCCGCCUCAAGGAUGGGGAGGUCCAGGCAGCCCGCCGCCUAAACCACCACAGAAUAUGCAGUAUGGUUGA